UGCCCCCCUUUUGAACAGCUGCGCAGGGGAGGGAGGGGCGGACUUUGGAGAGCAAAGAGGACAGUCUCCUUCCUUCCGAGUUGGAGUUGUCCUAUGACUCGUGUAGGGAUCAAAUCCGUGGUGUAUCAUGGGGAUUCUUGCCUCGGAGAUGUCGAGGUUUUCCCGGCGAAGGCUAAGAAUUUCCAGCCCUUCCCCAACAAAGAGAUUCGCAUCGAUCGCCUCUCCCCUCCAAGCGAACGCUGCCUUCCCCUUGCCGUCAUCCAUACCAUCUCUCCCUUCUCCCUUAAAUGCAAAAUCCAAGCUAAAUCCGCCACUGAGCAAUCCCCCCUUACCCAUCUCUACUUAUCAUGUUUUCAAGAACUCAAGACUGCAGUUGUGUCUGUUGGGAACGAGGAAUUGCAUCUGAUCGCAAUGCCCAGCAAGGUCGAGAAGGUCCCAUCCUUCUGGUGCUGCGCCGUUCAGGCAGGUCUCUAUGCCUCCUGCAUGGCAAUGCUCAAUCUCCGCUGCCUGGCCAUUGUCUUCGAUCUUGAUGAAACUCUUAUAGUAGCCAAUACCAUGAAGUCCUUUGAGGACAAGAUUGAAGUUCUGUCCCGAAGGAUUGACGAUGAGGAUGAUCCUGUAAGGGUUUCGGGGAUGUCAGCAGAGCUCAAGAGGUACUUGGAAGACAAAGAACUCCUGAGACAGUAUAUUGAGGGUGAUAGUGUUUUGGACGGUGGGAAGCCGAUAACUAUCCAGAACGAGGAGGUCCCAGCGCUACCUGGUGGACAUAGCAGUCUUAUCCGGCCCAUCAUAAGGUUGCAAGAGAGGAACAUUGUCCUGACCCGGAUCAAUCCUGAGAUUCGUGAUACCAGUGUGCUUGUAAGGCUGCGACCUGCUUGGGAUGAUUUGAAGAGCUACUUAACUGCUAAAGGGCGUAAACGGUUUGAAGUUUAUGUGUGUACUAUGGCUGAAAGAGACUAUGCUCUCGAGAUGUGGAGACUUCUGGACCCAGAAGCUAAUCUGAUUUGCUCCAAGCAACUGCUAGAUCGAGUAGUAUGUGUAAAAUCAGGUCACAGGAAGUCACUACUACAAGUUUUCCAAGAUAGAAUUUUUCAUCCGAAGAUGGCUAUGGUGAUUGAUGACCGCAUGAAGGUUUGGGAUGACAAGGAUCAACUUCGUGUCCAUGUUGUGCCGCCAUUUGCACCAUACUAUGCCCCUCAGGCGGAGAUGGCGAAUGCAGUUCCUGUACUUUGUGUUGCUAGGAAUGUCGCUUGCAAUGUCCGUGGUGGCUUCUUUAAAGAAUUCGAUGAGAAUCUAUACCAAAGAGUAGUGGAGCUGUGUUAUGAAAAUGAGAUGGCAGAUUUACCACAGGCCCCUGAUGUGAGCCAUUACCUGUUUUCAGAGGACUCUGGUGCUAUACUCAAUAACAAUCGAGACAUUCCAUUAUCAGAGGCUACUAAUGGGGCAGAAGUCGAACCAAGUCUUAAAAUAGCAUCUUCUGGAAAUCAACAGCCGGAACAACAUCAAUUGCAGUCAUCUAUCUCUUCUUUCUCAGGUGAUGAGUUAACUGUAAAUCAAGAGUCCACUGACAGCAGAGAUAUGCACACUGGAGCCACAUCAUACAUUACUGCCUUACAAGAAAUCGCGCGAAUCUGUGGCUGGAAGGUUGAGUUCAAGUCUGUCAUGAGAAACCAUAAGGAUUUGCAAUUUUCAGUUGAGGUUCUAAUCAGCACACAGAAAAUAGGAGUUGGGUCAGGAAGAACAAGAAAGGAAGCUAAAAUGCAAGCUGCUGAAAAUUCUCUAAGAAAUCUGGAGGAUGACUAUUUGGCAUUCGCUUCAUCUGACAGACGAGUUGUUUAUGGAGGUUUGGGAAAACUCUCCCUUGGAGGUGAAAAUGGGUUCUUAAAGGAUACUGAUGUCGCACCUGCGAGUGAGUUCUCUGAGAAAGAAGACCCACCUUUUAACAGCAAAACAGAAGACUUCGUUGAGCUCGAUGUUUUGAACAAAUUAUCAGCUGUUCUGUCUUGUGUCAAAGAGCUAUGUAUGGAAGGCCAGAGUUUAGUCUUUCAGGAUCAAGGCCUGGUUUCAACGAUGAGUAAAGGGCACUAUUGUUUUCAGGCGGAAAUUGAUGGGAAAAUACUAGGAAAGGGUGUUGGUUUGAGCAUAGAAGAAGCUAAGCUUAAGGCUGCUGAGGAGACCCUUAAGAUACUUAAAGCAUCUGGUGAUCUGUCAACACAAAAGCACCUACACUCAUCUAGGUCUAGGCCAACCCCAUCACCAUCUCCACCAUUAUCGCAGCAACAGCCGCCACUGCCAAAUGAAAAAACUUCACUCUAAUAGAAGGAUGAAUCAAUGGCUCUGGAGGCCUAAACUAGCCUCAGGAUUUAAAGAUAGCAGUGUAGACUUCUAUCAUAAUAGGUCAUUCAAUUGGAAACUUCAAUCCUCCAAUCAGGAGAUCUCUACAGCUGUUCUUGAUGUCCCAGGAAUUGUGGCAUACUCAAGAACAUUUCAUUGAAGGCAAAAAGAGCGACCAACUUAUGAUGCUUAAGUUCAGUAGAAACACCAUGUGAAACAAUAAUAUCAUGUCAUAAUACUGUGUGAAUGUUACAGAAGUUUCUUGUAAGAAGCAAACAAGUGCAAAUUAGGAAUUGUUACUUAAGUAGUGUUUGUUUGGAGGAAUUUGGAAUUACAUAUAACUUGAGUUACUAGGUUUUUAAAAAUCCCGUGUUUGGUUCACAGGAUUCCAAAAACCUCAUGUAACUUAGAUUACAUCAUUUAGUUUUACGUCCAAUUCGAAA